AUGCCGCUUCUCGUGCAGCGCGCGCAGCCCGUUUCUGCUGGCACCGCCGCGUGUGGUUGCGCUGCACCUCCUAGUCCUGCAGCAGCAGAAGAAGAACGUGCCGAUGGCAUCCUGUUCGAUGAUCUCGUGCUCGGUGGCGGCGACGCCGACGUCAAGAAUGAGGCCGACGCCGACGGCGAGGACGCCUCGGCCGAGAAGCUCGAGUGGCUGAGGUCGCAGAUCAUCGGGGCUGAAGCGGAGUUCGCGUCGCCGUUCGGGAAUCGCCGCAUCACGUACGCCGACCACACGGCAUCCGGCCGCUGCCUGCGCUUCGCCGAGGAGUUCGUGCUGCAGAACGUUCUCCCCUACUAUGGGAACACGCACACGACGGACAGCUACGUGGGCCUGCACACGAGCAAGCUCGCCGGGGACGCGGCGCGGUACGUGAAGCGCAGCCUGGGCGCCGGGCCGCGGGACAUGCUGCUCUUCUGCGGCACGGGCUGCACGGCCGCCAUCAAGCGCCUGCAGGAGGUGACGGGGAUGGCCGUGCCGUCCACGCUGCGCGCCGCGGCGCUGGCCGCGCUGCCGCCGUCCGACCGCUGGGUGGUCUUCCUGGGGCCCUACGAGCACCACUCCAACCUGCUCACCUGGCGCGAGAGCCUCGCCGAGGUGGUGGAGAUCGGCCUCCGCCCGGACGACGGCCUCCUGGACCUGGCCGCGCUGGAGGCGGCGCUGGCGGCGCGCGCGCCGUCGGGGCGGCCCAUGCUGGGCGCCUUCUCGGCGUGCAGCAACGUCAACGGCCUGCGCACCGACACCCGCGCCGUGGCGCGCCUGCUGCGCCGGCACGGCGCCUACGCCUGCUUCGACUUCGCGUGCAGCGCGCCCUACGUGCGCAUCGACAUGCGCUCCGGCGACGACGACGGCUACGACGCCGUGUUCCUGAGCCCGCACAAGUUCCUCGGCGGGCCCGGCAGCCCGGGCGUGCUGGCCAUGGCGUCGCGGCUGUACCGCCUCCGCCGCACCGCGCCGUCCACCAGCGGCGGGGGCACCGUGCUCUACGUCAGCGCCUACGGCGACGCGGUGUACAGCGGUGACGCCGAGGAGCGCGAGGACGCGGGCACGCCGGCCAUCAUCCAGAAGGUCCGCGCCGCGCUGGCGUUCCGGGUGAAGGAGUGGGUCGGGGAGGCGUGCAUCGAGGCGCACGAGGCCCGCAUGCUGGCCCUGGCCCUCCGCCGCGUCCGCGCGGCCGCCAACCCCAACCUGCGCCUACUGCUCGGCGCCGACCCCGCGAGCGCGCCCCGGCUCCCGGUGCUCUCUUUCGUCGUGUACUCCCCAUACGGCGAGGCCGAGCUCGAGGGCGGGGGCACGGAACAGACGCCGGCGACGAGGCUGCAGCUGCACUGCCGGUUCGUGACGAAGCUGCUGAACGACCUGUUCGGCUUGCAGGCGCGGGCGGGGUGCGCCUGCGCGGGGCCCUACGGCCACCGGCUCCUCGGCAUCAGCCCGGCGCGCGCCAAAGCCAUCAGAUCCGCCGUCGAGCAGGGCUACCACGGGGUGCGGCCCGGGUGGACGCGGGUCAGCCUCGCCUACUACACGUCGAUGGAGGAGGCCGAGUUCGUGCUGGACGCCGUCGACUUCGUGGCCAGCUUCGGCCACCGGUUCCUGCCGCUGUACAGCUUCGACUGGAAAACUGGAGACUGGCGCUACGACCCCAGCUGCGCCCGUGGGCUCGUGCCGAACGACGUCGGCGUCGGCUCCGCAGCUGCUCCCAGUGGAGGAGUCAAAGGCGACCACGGCUACCAGAGCUACAUGGCAUGUGCUCGCCGCCUGGCCGACUCCUUGGCGGCCACUUGCAGUGGCCUCGGUAGCGCGCGUGCUAGACGUAUUCCCAAGGGCGUCGACCCACAGUUAGUCUAUUUCGUCGUGUGAGUCACUUGUCCAUUCCUUUCUUCAGACUCCGUUCCUACUUAACAACCGAGUACGGUGAUAGAACCACUGGAUGAUAAUCUCAGCUGAACUUUGACC